AUGUCGACGGACAUCAAAGUCAGCGCUUCGACUGGUGAUGCUGGUGGCUGUAGCAGCCAGGACGUGCAGUGCCGCAAGUUGACGGAAGUCUGCAUGAGGCAAGCAGCGCGCUUGGAGCAGAUGCACGACGAUCUAGACAAGGCGAAGCAGAGUGAACAAGACGCUCGCAAGGAGCUCGAAAGAUCACGUCAAACUUUGGAGCAAGAGCGUGCGGAGUUCGGAGACAAAGUGGAGCAAAUGGCUGCGUUCCAGGCCGCGUUGCAAAGAGAAAAUGAUCUUUUGUUGGAGGAGCUCAUCUCCGUCUUGGGUCGGACAAAGGCAUUGAGAGCAGAGAUGGUGUGGCUGCAGCGCUUCCUUCCUGCAGCUGACCGCUCCACUUUGACCAGCAAGCCAUUGCAGAAUGGGACGUGGCAAGGUCGUGCCGCCUGCUACCUUCGCAGGUGUGUGGAGGCAGGGAAGUUUCUCUCCAGAUCCAUCUGUUCCAGUACGCCGUGCAUCGGAAGCGACUUGGCUGCAAUCCUUCUCUCGUUGUACAAGUUGAGUCGGACCUACCUCAAACUGGGGGGCACUGUGCAAUUGGCAGACUUUGCCUCUGAACGGAAGCUGGGCUCCUGCCUGAGCGCUUUCUCUCUCGAGCAGACACUGUACACAGGUAAAGAUCUCGAGAUCGGUCAGGUUUUUGCCGAAGACCGGCACCAGCUCCCCGCGUUCAUGCCUCAUGUGCUUGGGUCUACCGUGGACCUUGUGCCAGGAUCUGUCCGUGGUUGCCUUGCCAAUAUGGUUAGGUGCCGGAAGACCUUCAUCAACACGCCUUCAGCUUGGCAUGAUGAUGUUAUUGCGAUAGAGGAGGCAGAAUCAGAUGCGUCGUUCUGUGCCACUUACCGGCGAUUUGUUGAUGCUGCAGAGCAUCUGGAACAGGCGAUCUGUGUUCGACAGCAGCUUCUGGGAGACGACCACGAAGAACUCUUGGUCUCGAUUGAAAAGUACGUUGUCUCAUGCAACUCUUGGGGCGUGCAGUGCUUGAGCACAGGCAACUACAUAGCUGCCCUCGAGCUUUUCAAGAAGGCCGAGGCCAUGACAGAAGCUGACAAUGUGCCCAACUUCAAGCGUCGAGUCGUCCUUCGUGCCGUGACCUUCAACAACCUUUGUUGUUAUUACCGCACACGAGGGAAGUUGAAUGCCGCCCUCCAGUUUGCGGAGAAGGCAUUGAAAAUUGAAGAGAAGUACAAAGAAGCCGACAGCCCGGCCCGCAGCUACCUGAACUAUGGAGUUCUUCUUAGCAACAGUGGCCGACAUGGCGAAGCUCUGGAGCGUGUGGAGAGAGCUGUCGCAGUUCUCCUUGAUCAGCACCGGCAUGAGAAAGCUGAGGCGACUCAGAAGCCGGAGCCAACAGAGAUUUCUCAAUUGCUAGUCGUUGCUCACUACAACAUGUUUGUGGAGCAUCUGCAUCUGAAGCAAUUUGCGAGCAGCCUUCAAUGUCUGCAGCGUGCUGUCUCCGUCGCCCAGAACAAACUGGGAACGUCUCACACGCUGACGACAAAGAUGCAGGAAGUGCACGUCGAGGCUCAAGCAAGGCUUGAGCGCAAGGCUUCGGCGGAAUGCUUUCGCACGACCGCCGCAGCCGUGGAGUCGUCCCCUGUGUUCUUUCACUACCAGGACGGACAUUGUCAUCCCUGGCAAAAGGUUCACCUCGCGCAAGCUGACGCUGCGCGGGCGCAGGAGAUCUUGGCGGAUCAGAAACAGAUCACGCUUCGCCGCCUUAGGCCCCCGGAUCCAAGGCCUCCAGAGAAGCCGCGGAUUAGGAGCCGCAGGAGCAGGCUGCCGGCCAUUGGGGCAGAGGUCACGGGCCGCUUCUGGGAGUCUCAUCCAAAGCUGUUGGACACGGAGGGAUACGCUGGCUCGCCCAUUCUGACACAGCAGGCGCAUGGCGCGCAGCCGAUGGUCGAAGUCCUCGCUCUGAAGCAGCUAGCUGGAACCAGUCCACGCGGCGGACGAGGUGGUGCCGAGAGAGAAGUGUCGCCUGCAGAUGAUGCCAAGGCCGCCACACAGCCACUUCUGGGCCCGGGACGGCCUCAGAUCGUUCCUGCUCCGCCGGGAGCCCCGCCGGAGGUGGUUGCUUCGUGGGAGUAUCAUCAUCGCAGGCUGCAGAUGCUUGACGAGGGCAACGGCCUGACAGCAUUGGAGCCUCAUCGGAUGCGGGCCAUAACUGUUCUGCGCGAUAGGCUCGACAAACGCAGGGAGAAGGGCCUGCCUGCACCGACGGACUACAGGAAGCAUCAAGCGGCCACUUGCAUCCAGGCUGGCAUUCGUGGCUACUUGGUGCGACAGUGGACUUCGCAGGACAGAGCCGCCCACCAUCCGGUUUAG